CACGGGCAAUAAUGAUGAACGUGUUGACAAUUGCAAUUUACAUUCUCAGCGAUUAUGCCAGAGUAUAUGCACAAAGUGAUUUCGGAAGUACCCCUGACCAUCAUGGAGCUAUUUUGAGGAAGGAUAUAGAGACCAUUUCGUCCGUCAGACCUCAUGACGAAGAAGGUCCAGUGGAUGAACUUCAAAUAUGGAUUUAUAUUUUAGGUAUUGAUUCUAUAAGAGAUGAUCAACAAGAUUUUAGCAUGACACUUUUGAUAAGUGUAGCUUGGAAUGACUGGAGACUGGAGCAUAACCACACAAGAGAUCUUAUACUAAUUGGCACUGACGUCACUAAAAUCUGGUUGCCAAAUGUGAUAUUUCUGGAUGCGACUGUGGCUACAAUUAGUGAUGUCAUGAAUGAUAACCGUUUCGUUAGGAUAUCGCCAACUGGUGAUGUGGAAUAUACUUGCAGAAUAAAAUUAACGCACUUCUGUCCGAUGAACUAUGUUCUAUUUCCAUUUGACGUUCAGCUCUGUUCUGUAAGACUUGGAACGUUCGGCUAUUUUGACAACGAAGUGCGCUUGACUUGGGCGGCGUUAGAAGAUCCAAUCAUGAUGAUGAAGGAAGUCUUAUUUGUUACUCAUUAUACCGAACCCCAAAUCAAGGAUCAUGUAGCCUUGAGUAUACCUUUUUCAGAAACAGGUUUCGCUUUCAUAUUUUUUUGGAUAGAAAAUAUUUCUAGCUUAUGUUUUACAAUGGAACUUCAACGUGAGAGGAAUUAUUAUGUGUGGGGAUACAUGGCUCCCGCGGCUUUUCUCGUGAUUCUGAGCUGGCUAAGCUUUUGGAUCGAUGUUACUGCCGUCCCUGCACGUGUAUCUCUCGGAAUAACAACUGUAUUAACCUUCUACACUCAAAGCACUUCUGCCAAUCACCUGACGCCAAAACUUGGAUAUGCUACGUUCAUGGAUUCGUGGAUGGCAAUGUGUCACACUUUUAUAUUACUGGCGUUAGUAGAGUACGGGAUCGUUCAUUAUUUUGACGUAAAGGGAAGAAAAUGUAGGGAUGAGGCGCUACGUAAAUUCAAGAUUUUAAGAAACGAUAAAUCGAACCGUGAAAGAAAAGACAAUUUCAAUAAAGAUGGUAAAAAUGUACCUGUGCAUUUCCAAAACAUUUACUCAGUUGAUGAGUUUAUCAAAACGCUCGAGAGAAGUGAGCUCCCAAACAGUCCUGAAGAGAUCGCUUUACGGGAUGCUGAACAACAUGCAUCAAAGAAGAUUCACUUGGCGUAUAAAAUAGACCUAGCCUGUCGAAUUGUAUUUCCUACUUGUUUUGUAGUAGCUGGGUGCAUUUUCUUUCUCUUUACACUUUUGAAUACGGCAGUGUAAACAUAACAUUUUGUAAACUGUACUUUCGUGAACUGACGUCUUUGUUAAAGAAAGACAUUUUAUAGACGUGUUGAGCUCAAUUUUCUUUUUAAAACUAUAAAAUUAUUGUUUUGUUAACGCUUAUUGUAUAGUUUCUGUAUGUUUAAAAAGGGAAGAAAUUUAUGUAAAUGGGUCAAUUCUAUAUAAUUUGGUUGGCGGAGGUGGGGGAGUGAGUGUUGUUAAAUUUUAUAUCUGAAUGUUUUGUUAUUUUGUAUAAUUUUUUUUAUAUUUUUUUUGGAUGCACCUUUCUUUUGGAAGAGUGCAACUGAUAUAAAUAAAUAGAUAAAUAAAUAAAUAAAAAUACCGUAAAUAAAUAGAAUAAGUAAAUAGUAGAUAGAUAGAUAGAUAGAUAGAUAGAUAGAUAGAUAGAUAGAUAGAUAGAUAGAUAGAUAGAUAGAUACAUACAUAGAUAAAUAGAUACAUAGAUACAUAUGCAUCUUCAUGCCCUUACUGAACAGAACAGAGACUACUUGAUUUAAAUUAUACCGUACUUAAAUUCGUGAUUAUAAAAUUAUAUUUGUGUAAAUAUUGAACUCAACAGGUUUAUAAAUCAACUUUAAAAUGCGUAAAUAAUUAAAAUAAUGUGUAGCUCUUAAAAUAAAGGCACAAGAAAUUCGAGUUACAGGCCUAUUUCAACCGGGAUUGGUUUCAGUGGGUUUGGAGAAGAGAUAAAUAGUAGGCCUAUAAGAUCACGAAUCAUAUCAACAUAUGAUAUUGUAAUAUGAUCGCCUGCAGUAAAUUGGAUCAAUAUUUCAAUAUGUAUGUCAGAUAUUAAAUAAAUAGUUACUCCUUCAAUUUGAUAAUGAUUCCUUGAAAACUACAACCUGUUCGUGUUAAUUGUCUUAGAAUACUGAUAUGUUGCUAUAGCAACUUUGAAAUUAGCAAAUUGAAGAAUAUGCAUUGUUGUGUACUGCAUACCUGGCAGUCCUCUAAAGUGUAAUUAACCGGACAAGUCACUGGAGGCAGUGAGGAUGCGUACGUUAACCCCAAUACACACUGCAGGCUAAUGUAUUAAGUGGAAUUCCGCAUCAUUUAGAUUAAAUAUGUAAUAACAGCAAUAUUUUGGUAGGCCUAUGAAUAAUUUGAAGAGGUUUAAUUAGGAUGUUUACAUGAAUAGAGCUCACGUACCUAUGUAGGAGGGUACAGCGUCUCAAAGCCAAAAAUAUAGCAGGAAGUUAGGAUAUAGAAUGCAUAUGCCUUAAGAGCAAGAUCUUGGGUUUAAUUGCAGUGGCGGAUCUAGGAUUUAGCAAUGGGGAGGGGGUGGAUAAUGCGAGGCGAGUAGGGGUGACGUGGUUUGGAAAGGGCGCAGAUGUGUUUUGAAACCUCAGGGCCACCAUAGUUGGGCCUGAAGUGAGAAAAUUUAGGAAAUACUAUCUCUAAAUUGGUGGAAAUUCAUCAUCAUCACAUCACCAUAGUCAAAUGCAGAUUCAAUAUUAUUUCUCCAACCUUCAUAUAGGCCUUUUACACCAGCUGAGACCUUUUAGAGUACGCUCUAAUUUACUUCAAUCCGACAGGGUGUGUAUCUAAUGUAAAUAGUUGAAGACUUGUAUAGUACAUAGGCCUAAUCACCUGGCAGGGGCGGAUCUAGGAGGCGGUCCGGCCCCGCCCCCUCCCCC